AUUGAUUUAUACACAAAUGUCAACUUGGAAUGAAACAAAAACUAUUAUAAUUUCAAAUUGCUUUUUUCAUAUUGUAUGAGAUUUCGGAACCACACAGUCAUCGAAGUGUGUUAACUUUUUUCACGAUGGAUCUACGACUAAGUAGACAUUUUUAUACUGCAUUACUUAUUGUUAUUGGACUGGCAGCAAUAACUAUACAGUUUGACAUUCAAGAAGAACCAGAAAUAACAACAGAGACUGAAGAAAAUGUUGAAAUGGAUGUUCCCAAUGUUGAUGAGUCAGAAUCACUACUCUCCAAUGUAGUGUCAGAUGUCAAUAAGACCCUCACCAGCAUAUACAACACUGUGACAUUAGCUAAUGUUACUGCAGAGAAUACCACACAGACAGCAAAUGAGACACGGAAGCUGGUCAAAUGUAAAGAAAUUGUCUAUGACCAGAGUGAAGAGAUUGAACCUUCAGUUGAAAUAGUGAAUGCCUCAAAACUCAUCAGGCUGCUUACUGUCAAGCCUGAUAUAACUUCUAGGGACAUGGAGGCUGACUGUAUUCUUGUCUUCUUCUAUGCCAGGGCUUGCCCCUUCAGUGCCCAUGCAGCACCACACUUUAAUGCCCUCGCACGGUCAUAUCCUAGUGUUAAAAUGGUUGCUCUUGAUGCUUUAAAGUAUGGCGGAACAAAUACUGUUUAUGGCAUUGUUGGUGUACCAACACUUAAAAUGUUCCACAAUGGUAGACCUUGUGGGAAAUUUAAUGGGACUGAGUAUAAUAUUCAGUCUUUCAGUAAAUUUGUUCAUGCUAUUACUGGGCAGUACCCACAAACACUUCUAGUCACCUCCAAAGAUUUCCAGGGACCAGUCUCAAGUGUUGUUGAGACUGAAACUGAUUAUUUCCUAGUCUUAUCAUGGUUAUUUAUUAUUGUGUGCUCAAUUCACUAUUUCAUGCAGUCAAAAUGGUGGAGAAUGAUUGUAGAGAUGGUUCAAAAUAAUUGGAGAGAAUCAGAAGCCCAACAUGAACACAAUGAUUAAAUAGGUUUUAUUAUUUUUUAGGUGCAAGUUGAAUAAAAUUAUGUAACUUAUACUACA